AUGGUCGGCUCGCCCUUCUUUGGGCUCAACUCUCUGCGGGGCCUCAGCAGUGCUCGACUCUUCUCCACGGCCUCUCAUGCUUUCGAUGUUGCCGUCAUAGGAGGGGGCCCCGGUGGGUAUGUCAGCGCCAUCAAGGCAGCCCAACUUGGUUUGAAGACCGCUAUCGUCGAGAAGAGGUCCGCGCUGGGGGGUACCUGCCUGAACAUAGGCUGUAUUCCCUCGAAGUGUCUCCUCCAUUCAUCUCAUGAAUACUCCGCUCUGAAAAGCGGCAGCACUUUGAAGAAAAUUGGAGUGAAAAUUGAUUCGUCAUCGGCUGCUGCUGACUUGACUGCCAUGCAUCGACACCGGACCCGAACAGUCCAAAUGCUCACUAAAGGCGUCAAGGGUCUCAUGGACAAGAAUGGGGUUACACAAUUCCACGGCCUCGGACGCUUUACGAAUGCCAACACUUUGGAGGUCGACAUUACCGAUGGAGCUAGCGAGUCUAUUGAGGCAAAGCACUACGUGGUAGCUACGGGUUCCGACUCCUCCUCGCUACCUUUCCUCAAGAUUGACGGUGAUGUCAUUGUGACAAGCACUGAAGCCUUGGAGUUCCCAGAGGUACCUGAGUCAAUGGCGGUGAUCGGUGGUGGAGUGAUCGGCCUCGAGCUGGGCUCAGUAUGGGCCCGAUUGGGCACUAAAGUCACCGUUGUUGAGUACAUGCCGCAUAUCCUCCCAACAGCCGAUCUGGACGUAUCCCAAGCUCUACAGAAGUCUCUACAAAGGCAUGAGAAAAUGAAUUUUCACGUCGCCACGGGGGUGACAUCGGCCGAGGUGAAGAAUGGUCGUGCUGAACUCACUCUGAAGGGAGCUGACGGCACCGACAAGGGCACGCUAGAGGUCCAGAAGGUUUUAGUAGCGGUUGGACGGCGCCCUUACACCGAAGGGCUCGGGUUGGAUCGCGCCGGAGUCAUCACGGACGCUCGAACGGGCAUGAUCGAAGUCGAUGAGAGUCUACGGACGAACGUGCCAAAUAUCUGGGCAAUUGGUGACGUUGUACGAGGGCCCAUGCUGGCACACAAGGCAGAAGAUGAAGGCUUUGCAGUUGCUGAGAGAAUCAAUGCUGAGUUAAAAAAAGGCAAAGACUCGAGCCACAUCAAUUACGACAGCAUACCAUCGGUGGUUUACACUCAUCCCGAAAUCGCUUGGGUCGGCAAGACUGAGGCCGAUUGCAAGAAGGCGGGAAUCGAUUGCAAAGUUGGAGUAUUUCCCUUCGCUGCAUCUGGUCGAGCAAAAUGCGUCGACUCGACUGAAGGCUUCGUUAAAGUGAUAUCACAGAAGGAAGAUGACAAGCUCUUAGGGGCCUGUAUCGUGCAAGCUUCGGCAGGUGAGCUCAUCCAUCCUUUUGUCCUGGCGAUCAACUAUGGUGCAUCGAGUGAGGAUGUGGCCCGUACAUGCUUUGCACACCCGACCUUAUCGGAGGCGGUUCGCGAGGCAUCGAUGAUCACUGCCUUCGGGAAGGCGAUUCACGUUUGAGCAUUCGAGUAACUUUGCUUUUUAUGUUUCGCUCUAUUAUUGAUAUAGCGGCGUUACC